AUGUCGUCGCCAUCUAGAUCGCCGUCACCCGCAGGCUCAUUGCGAAGUGUCACCUCUAAUGUCCUCACACCGAGUCGGAAGGUACAAGCUUUGUUGGCUCAAUUCGAUGAGUCAGACUCGGACUCGGAAGAACCUUACCAACGUCCAAGGAACUCAGCGUCUGAUGAGAAAGAUCUAGGCCGGAGUGCCCCAACGAAUGCUAGUCAGGAUGGCGCCUCACUCACUGAGCAAGAUUUGGAAGAUGAAGAUAUUCUACCAGCGGCUCCACGGUCUAGGAUGGCUGCUCGGCUACAAGGGCUGAGUAAUGCGGCUGCCGUCUCAAGUGACAACGAGGAACAGCUAGCAUCAAAAGGAGUUAAAGAGAACGCUUUGGACGAUUCCAAUAGUGAAGGAGCAAGGCCAGCAAUGAGGAGAAGACUGCUCACAAAACGGAAGAGCAGUCCCAUUCAGCGGGAUGCUAGUCCACGUACGUCGAGAUCGCCUUCGCUACCCACUUUGCCCUCACCCAUGGCAGUAAGACCCGACACGACGUCCAGGCAGAAUUCUGAAGGCUCAGAGUCUGAGGACGAGACGAAUAACCCAACCCCUGGUAAAUCUAAGUUUCUGGCUCUGGUUGAGAAACAUAGGAGGCAGCGUCUUGAGAAGGAGGCCGAAGAAGCGGCGAAGAAGGCCUCCCGACUCGAUGCACUCAAAUCUCAAGAGGCUGAAGAUCGCCGUCCACGGGGUUCAAGUCCCGCAGACGAUUCCGACGAAGACAGUGACAUAUCGGGCGAUGAUGCGGCCAAAAACCUGGCCAAGCAGGCUCGGCCUACUCGGAAAGCCAGCAAAAAGGCGUUGGAGGAGAUGAACAGGGAGACCCAGCGAAUCAGUCGCAAUAUGCAGCUUGCACAUCAGGCUCGGACCAAAAAGAAAAUUACCAAGGACAGUCUACUAGCUAGGUUCAAUUUCCCGACGCCAGGCUCUUUGCGACAUUCGAAGACACCGGAACCAGGCAAUGAUAAUCCGGCGACUAGCAGUUCUAGAGCUGGCUCGGAGACCGAAGCAACCAAGGGCCACGACACACCUCCAACGAGCCCUAUGCUGGGUGAAACGAGCACAGGCGGCCUCAAGAAUGUGACAGGUCAUAUUGAUGGUUCACUUCGCGAGUCUAGGAUUGCGGCUGGAAACGAGGAGGAAGAGUUCCCAGUGAAGUUAAUUCCGAAGCAUGAUAAAGGCAAAGGCAGAGCUCUCUCAGAGGGCCCCUUUGAGCACGACGAGCCCUUCACCAGGACCCAACCGAUCCACGUGUCAACAUCUCAAUCCCUGCUUGAGAAAUCCUCAGAACCUGUCCUGAAGCCAACUAUCAAACCUUUCCGAACGAAAUGGUCUCAGGCCCUUCUGAACAAAGGGGGAAGAAAUGAUUUAGAUUCGAGCUCGGACUCAGAGCUUGAAGUGAUCACAACUCGAGGCGACAUUCGAAAGUAUGCGGCAUUCGAGCAUCUACCCAAACGGAAGGCCAAGGAAACUUCGUCACAUCUCGCCUUGAGAUCGUUGGCGAAUCUCAUGGGCAGCGAGGAACGCAAGCAAUCCAUCAAUGCUGCACAACUAGAAGCAUCGUUGAGGAAGGCAGCUCGUAUGCAAGCUCGACAAGAGAGACAAGAUAAGAUCGAAGAAUUGAAAGCUAGAGGUGUGAUGGUUCAAACAGCUGAAGAGCGAGAACGUGAACAACUGGACGUUGAAGACCUGCUGGAAAGAGCCAGACAGGAAGCUGUGGAUAUCCAGAAACGCGAAAAGGCUUUGGCGAGAAAAGAAGGCAACUAUUCCAAAGACGAUUUGCACGACGAUGACGAUGACGACGAUGAAAGCGACGGCGAUUUUGAAGGGGAUGACGAAGAUGAGAUUGCACUUUCGGACGAAGAAGACGAUGUUGAAGAAGACGACGAUGAGCAAGGCGAGGAAGCCCGUGAUCCAGAAGACGGCGAUGGUCAAUUAGUCGACAACGAAGCCGAUGAAAAGGAAUCCGUCACAUCAGGGUCAUCAGAGAACGACCUGGAGGGGACCAUUGAUUCAGAUAGAGGUCUUGAAGCAGACAAUCAGGCCAACCCUUCGUCAAGGAAAGGGCGGUCUGCCCGAGUGCUCAGCGACGACGAGGAAGAGGAUGGUGCGGAGGAAGGGCUCAGAUCGCCCAAAUUGCCAGUGACAACUAAAACACCUCAAUCUUUGUCUCGCUCUGCCAGAAAGCAGAUCCCAGGGCUGCAGAUGUCUGACGACCUUCCGAUUGGAUUGACGCAAGCCUUUGCUGCCACCAUGGGUGACUCUCAAAGUCAACCUACUCAAGAGCAAGACAGCCUUACUAUGACAAUGGAUCUCCCAUCGCCCAAAAUUGCGAUGAUUCCCCGGCUCAACCGUCUCGACUCGGUUGACGUGAUCACGGACAGCCAGCCAGCAUCACAAACACAGCCAUUGAACGUCACCCUCUCCUUCUCACAAUCUCAGAGAGUUCCUCAAUCCCCCGCCACCAACUCAUUGAACGACGGAGUGCAGUUCACUCCAUCGCAGGCCCAAUUCGAACCGACUCAAGACGGCGGGUACAUGUUGACUCCAUUCGCAGGCAAUCGAUUUGCAACGGAGACUCCGCAACAGCUAGGCCCCGAUUCUAGCAUAGAUACAGUCCUGCUCCCUCGAGACCUACCAGACAGCCCCAUAGUGCAAAGAAGAGCCCGACUCAGACGAGGCCACGCCGAUACUGCAGGCAGUGACGACGACCAAGUUGAUACUGCAGACGCUUCUGCUUUCGAAGUAAUGCGUCGGGCAGCCAAGCAGAGAACACGUGAAGUGUUUGACAAGUCGAAAUCCAAUGCUCGAGGAAUUGUGGACGAGGCUGCAGAAGAAUCCGAGGAUGAAUAUGCAGGACUUGGAGGGGCGAGUGACGAAGAUGUCAAUGAAGAAGAAAAUGAGGAUGAUCGUAACAUGAUUGAUGAAGAUACCCAGGUUGGAGCGGGCGACGAGGCCAAGCUAGCGAAGCUCUUUGCAGAUCGCGAGCGUCAGCAAGAUGAAGCUGCGGUUUCGAAACUGCUCAAAGACAUCACCACAGGAGCGCUGCGACGGAAACGCGGGAACGAUGAUCUCGACCUCUCCGAUGAAGAAGAUGCCAUGGUGAGGCGGAGGGAGGCCAAAAGACGCGAGUUCAUGAGAAUGCGUCGAGAAUUACUCAAGGACGAAGCUGUCGGCAAGAUUGCAGAGGACAAGAAGAAGGAAGCAUUUCUACGAAGCAUCGAGGAUCACCAGGCUAGUGACGACGAUGAAGAUGAUUUCAACUUGCCCGAAACUCCGCUCGAGGACGAGUCUCAGGCAGUCGUCCAAACAGCAGAUGAAUCCGAGAAGACUCAAGACCAGGCAGGCAGCCAAGAUGCAGUGCAGGGAGUCAGAAAAGACCAGCAACCCCUCACGACUGCUGCCGCGUCGAGGCUGAACCAGGGCAACCGAUCCAUUGGUCGCGGAAAAGGUCGCAUGGAUCGAAGACCUGCAACAUUGGCCGAGAUCCGAGAAUCUGUAUCCUUUCUCAUUGAAGAAAGUGACUCACAGGCGGCCACAAUUGACCUUGGUCUGUCCGACUCUGAAGAUGAGCCAGAAGCCUACGUCAACCUGGACCGACAUUUUCAGGCCGCAGAGGCGGAUGAAAAUGCGGAGGACGGUGACGAUCUGGGCGAUUUCAUUGUCGACGAUGAUGGAAGGGCCAAGGAAGAGAGCAUUUUCAAGAAGCCAACUAUGCCUUAUAGUGAGAGCCGGGCAUCAUACUCGGAACGACGGACAAAAGAGCGUCCGAAUGUUGUCAAUCGUCUGAACAUGCUCCGGCAGUCAUCAUCGUCUUCAGGAUCGUCUUCCAGCACCAAGAUGGCGUUUUACAGCGGCGACUCAUCGACCGCCGGGUCGUUCGGCAAGGUGCCAGCACUUCUUCGUCGAGCAACCACGAAUUCAAGUUUGGGCAGUUUUGUCGGACGCGGCGAGAAUGUUUCGGCGACAGGAGUGGUGACGAAUCGGCCUGAACGGGGCAAGGCCAGCGACGAGAAGGAAUUUAUCAGGAAAGGAAGCGGUGGGCGGAGGAAUGCAGUCAAUUACAGACCGACUGUCCGAGAAGAGAAGAUGAGUCAACGGGCAGGAAUUGCGAAGAAGAAUGCGGCGAAGAACCAAAAGACAAGGGGGGGAUUCCUGGGCGGUCUAUUCGGGAAGGACAGUUGGGCUUGA